AUGAAUUACAUUCCAGAACGUCUCGUGAAGGGCAUCCGACAAGCCAGAGACGCAAUGCCGAACCCUGUGGCUGGCAGCAACCCUACGAGCACAUUCACUUUACCGAACGGCAAGGUUACACAUGCUAUCGGCAAGCUGGCUCAAGCAGGUGUGGUUGAUGAUAGCGAUGGCGGACUCGGUCUAGCGACCACAACGACCAGCAUUCACGCCGAGAAAAUGACACACCUGACCAGCAAACUGGCACAAGCCGGUCUCUCCUCCUCCGACGAUGGCUCCAAACCGUCGAGCCACGGUCUCGCAACGAAGUACAUCAUCGUGAUUGCAGUUGUUGGUGCAGUGGUCCUCUCUGCUCUAUCAGUGGGUGCCGUCUUGUUGUGGAGAAGGUACAGGAGAAGGAGAGCGUACAACGUUGUUAGCAAAGGUGUCGAUGUCAAGGGCAAAGGCAAAUGCGCUACGCGGGACAAGGAAACCGAUAUGUUCAAUGCUGACAUGGCGGAAGCCGAUAGCUUCGACCCCAACGGUCACAAGCUCGGCGAGCGGAACUUCGAGAGUGGUUAUGACAAAGUCGAUACUGGAUAUGAAAGCACCGGGUACAAGGAUACUCCAGACCUAGGAGACCAAGGAGAAAAAAGUGGUGAUAAGAGCUCGAAUUUUGAGGCUUGA